AUGGAUCUCCUGAUCAGUGCGGCGCCCACGGCUGUCGAGCUGUUCGCCGUCGACAGACUUUGGCCCGAAGGAUUGAGACAGCACUCGCUCCCUGUCUUGCAUACCGCUCUUAUCACGUUCUUGGCACAGUACUUGACGUUAAAGUUCUAUCGUAUUUUCUUGUAUCAUAGAUACUUCUCCCCCCUGCGUCAUGUACCCGGCCCUACGAACAACAAUCCCAUCUUCGGUCAGGGUCAUAAUCUCAUCCGAGCUGAGACCCCUACCGCGCUGUACGUCGAGUGGAUGAAGGAGCACCCUGACGCUCCAUUCAUCCGCUAUCUCGGCUUUCUGAACACAGAGGUCCUGGUGCCGAACAGCCUCGCGGUGCACGAGAAUGUCCUGUACGACAACUGCUACACGUUCGUCAAGCCACAGUGGUUUCUUCGAAUAGUGAAGGAGGUUGCAGGCCAUGGGCUCAUCCUCAUGGAGGGGGCGGAACACCGCGCUCAUCGGAAAAUGCUCACGAACUCUUUCUCGCUCAAGAGCAUUCGCAAGCUCGAGCCGGUUUUCAAGGAGAAAGCCCAGGAUAUCUGCCGCUUCUUUGACCAAAGCAUAGCGAACCAUGACGGCAAGACCGGGACGUUCGACUGCAUAGACACCUUCAUGAGAGCCAUCCUGGACAUCAUGGGGACCGUCAUCCUGGGAGUCGAUCUCGACUACGUCAAGCCCGGGACUGAGGGCGAAACCAGCCAAAGCCUCGACACAGGGAAAUCCGGCAAGGCGAAACAAGAAUGCAGCUUCCACGAGGCCUACGACGUCUUCUUCGCCCCCGACACCAUGGGGAAGCUACUCCUCUUCGCAAACGCCCACGUGCCCCUGCGCUGGCUGCCCCUCGAAGCCAACCGCGAGUUCCUGUUUGCUAUGACCUGGCUGAACGACGUCCUCCGGACUAUCAUCCGCACCAGGCACCGCGAGGUCGCCGCCGCCAAGGCCGCGGGGACCCACGAGAUGAGCAGCUCGCGCGACCUGGUCACCUUCAUCGUCGAGGAGGGCGGGCCCGGCGGCGCGACCAAGGGCAUGGGCGAGGACGAGUUCCUGGGCCACCUGUUGGAGAUCAUGGCGGCUGGCCACGACACGUUCGCGAACAUGCUUUCCUGGAGCUGUUAUAUCCUGGCGACGAGGCAGGAUAUCCAGGACCGGCUCCGCGCGGAGCUAGACACUGUUUCACCCGACGCCUCGUUCGCGGAGCUGGAUAAGCUACCCUACCUCGAGUGCUUCGCCAAGGAGAGCAUGAGAGUUUACUCCCCAUCAACCACCUACCACCGCGCAGCAGGCGAGGAUGUCGUCGUCGAGGGGGUAGCCAUCCCAAAGGGCACCCUUGUCGACAUCUGCCCAUCCGUGACCCUGUUCAACCCUCAGAUCUGGGGGGACGAUGUCGAUGAGAUCGACCCGACACGCUGGGAGCGUCUGAAGGGCGACCAGCAGAAUCCCUAUGCCUUCUCGGUAUUUUCAAACGGUCCUCGGAUCUGCAUAGGUCGCCUGUUCGCCAUGUUCGAGAUCAAGAUCAUACUGGCUGCGAUGGUGCGACGUUACCGCUUCCUGAGCGUUGAAAAGCCGUUCAAGGUCGAGAACCCCAGCUUCACUUUGCGGCCGGCGGGUAUGGAGGUGCGGAUGGAGAAGGUUUGA